UUUUUUUUUUUUUUUUUUUUUUUUUUGAAAAAUAAAUUUUUUUUGAUAAGUGGAAAAAGUGAAAAAAAAAAUGAAUAUGGGAGGAUAUGCACCAGUCAAGGAAGAAGGCGUUACUCAUCAGUUUGAAAAAGAUCGACUAAAGUCAUCCAACAUGUUACCAACACUCAUGGAAGAAGAAUAUAACACAACAACAGGAGCCACUAGUAGUAGUUCAACCCCGGUACAAAACGAAGCUGGCAGCAGUUCACAAGAAGAUAGUUUAAAUCCUGCUUUAUUAUUAAAUCGAUAUGAUAAACGAAAAAGUAGUCCUGCUAUCUUGGGUUUGCCAUUUGGCUUAAAUCAUGAAGCACAACUAAGUCUACAUCUAUCUCAGCAAAGAAACUCUAUUGAAGCUGCCAUGCUACUAGCUAAUUUCAAUAAAUUAAUGGCCUUUCCGAAAGCAAAUGAAGUAGAGCAUAAAGUUCCACCACCACAAUGGCAAGAUGAUAUGUCAAUACCUUCACAAAAUAAGAACUCAUGGGGAGAUGUGUUAAGCAACGAGAGUGAUGGUAAUCGACGUCAUUCAUACGAUGUGAAUAUGAGUUGGCAAACAAUGUCUGAAGAAUUUUUGGAAAGACCUGAUCUAUUACAUAAUAUGGGUAACAAUCAAAUCAAUCCUCAUUUCAACCCAGAACAAGUGCCUGUAUUCAAACAAGAAAACUUUUAUUCACAUACACCUACCAAAGUGAGUUGGAGUCAUGAUGACUUACACAGCCACCACAACCACCACCACCCUCAUCCCCAUCCUCAUCAACAACAACCACCCUCACAACCAACACUACCACCACAACAACAAAUACAUCAUCCUACACAACCAAUACAACCACAACAUCCCUAUGGAGACUAUCCUAUCUCACCCAGACAACAACAUAAUAGUAGACUUUAUCACCCUAAUAUGAGCUCCCCAUUAGCACCUCAUACCUAUCAUCCUCGUUAUUCACCAGCACAACCACCACCACCACUAUCAUCAUCACAACAACAACAAUCACAUCCACCGCCACCACAACCACAAUCAACACAACCAACACAACAGGAACAUCAUCCUGGCGUCAUGUUACAUCCACUUGCACGUCAACCCGAUAUGAAGACAAAUGACCCACAACAACAACAGCAACAACAACAUCAAUACUAUAGUUAUACUUUCCCACCGCAACAUCCCAUGCAACAAAGAUAUUACUAUCCCAAUGGCAAAUUACCUCUACCUACAGGCCCCAUGGAUGCACCUGUACAUCAUCCACCACCUAUCCUAGCUAAACCCAAAAGAAAGAAACAAAAGUCCAAUAAUACCGAUGAGUUUGAUGAAGAGUUGGGAGGAGAGACAAACGAAGAAGAUUACCCGGAGAUGUCUACGCGUGAUGUAGAAGCAGCACGAUCUGAUCCUGAAGCAAGGCCUCGUAAGCAAAAGCUUCGGUUUACAGGAGACAAGUACACACCUCAAUGGGUGAGAUACAAUGGACAAUCCAAGGAAGGAUUAUGUGAUACCUGUAAGCCUGGUAAAUGGCUACAGUUAAAGAAUAGUGCGUAUUGGUAUCAUAAGCAAUUCUUUCAUGGUAUCUCGUCUGUCUCUGGUAAAGAGUUUGUGCAACCGCUUGAGACUCGUUGGGUUGAUCAGGAUUUGGUUGAAGGAUUAUGUCAUCAAUGUCAUCAAUGGGUGGCUGUAAGUAAUGUAAAAAGAAAGAAUAGCGUUCUAUGGUAUCGUCACGCACACAAGUGUCAUGUCUAUCAUAAACCAAAACCUAAUGUACCAAAGAAAAGAUAAUCCUCACUUUUUGUUUUUGAUUUUACAGCAGCCCCCCCUUCCACCAAGAUAUAUAAAAAACAAACAAAAGAAAAUUACCAUUCUUCUAGUAGAUCACUCCCGUACAUGUAUAUUUUUUUUUUUUUUUUUUUUUUGUUGUUGUACAUAUAUUAUCACUACUGUACGAAAAAAAAUAAAAUAAAAAUAAAAAAAGUAAUUACCCAUAA